GAGAAACAGAGAGAAAGAGAGAGAAAGCGCAGCGCCCAACCGCUCUAGGCGGGCCGGCUCUGUGGUUACUCAGCGGCUUCCGAGCCCGUGCCGUCUUCCCACCCGGGCGGGACGGGCGAGUCUGGCAACGGGGGAGCAAGAUGGCGGCUUCCGUCAGACAGGAGCUGACCCAGCUCAUGAGCUCCAGCGGCUCCCACAAGGACCUGGCGGGGAAGUAUCGACAGAUAUUGGAGAAAGCAAUUCAGCUGUCAGGAGUGGAACAACUGGAAGCUUUAAAAGCUUUUGUAGAAGCAAUGGUAAACGAAAAUGUCAGUUUAGUCAUUUCACGCCAGUUGCUGACUGAUUUUUGCACGCAUCUUCCAAGUCUUCCUGAUAGUACAGCCAAAGAAAUCUACCACUUCACAUUGGAAAAGAUCCAACCUCGUGUAAUUUCAUUUGAGGAGCAGGUUGCUUCUAUAAGACAACAUCUGGCAUCCAUUUAUGAGAAAGAAGAGGAUUGGCGGAACGCCGCACAAGUGCUGGUGGGGAUUCCUCUUGAAACAGGACAAAAGCAGUACAAUGUGGAUUAUAAAUUGGAAACGUAUCUGAAAAUUGCCCGACUUUAUCUGGAAGAUGAUGAUCCCGUUCAGGCUGAGGCUUAUAUAAAUAGAGCAUCUCUUCUUCAGAAUGAAUCAACCAAUGAGCAGUUACAAAUUCAUUAUAAGGUAUGCUACGCUCGUGUUCUUGACUACAGAAGGAAAUUCAUUGAAGCUGCCCAAAGAUAUAAUGAGCUUUCUUAUAAAAGCAUAGUCCACGAAAGCGAGCGACUCGAAGCACUGAAGCACGCCUUACAUUGUACUAUCUUAGCCUCAGCAGGACAGCAGCGCUCCCGAAUGUUAGCCACCCUCUUUAAAGAUGAAAGAUGCCAGCAACUUGCAGCCUACGGGAUACUGGAGAAAAUGUACCUUGACCGGAUUAUAAGGGGGAACCAGUUGCAAGAAUUUGCUGCCAUGCUCAUGCCUCACCAGAAAGCAACAACAGCUGAUGGUUCUAGUAUUUUGGACAGAGCUGUCAUUGAACAUAACUUGUUAUCUGCAAGCAAACUAUAUAACAAUAUUACCUUUGAAGAACUCGGAGCUUUAUUAGAAAUACCUGCAGCCAAGGCAGAAAAGAUAGCCUCCCAGAUGAUAACCGAGGGACGUAUGAAUGGCUUUAUUGAUCAAAUAGAUGGAAUAGUUCACUUUGAAACUCGUGAAGCCUUACCCACAUGGGACAAACAGAUCCAAUCACUUUGCUUCCAGGUUAACAAUCUUUUGGAGAAGAUAAGUCAGACGGCUCCAGAAUGGACAGCACAGGCAAUGGAAGCUCAAAUGGCUCAAUAGACUUUCUUCUUUUCUCCCCCCCCCCUCUUUGGAUGGUGUUUUUUUUUUUUUUCUAAAAAUGUGAAAUAAACCUAGGAAAAUUGAACUUCUGGCUUUGGUUCUACUUGUUGCUGUUAAGAACCUUGAUAAGUGACACAGACUGAACAUUCUUUUAAGCUGUAAUUUAAAAAGAGGAACAGGUUUAAGUUUUAUAUUAAAGUUUUGGUUGCCAUGUAACUUUGAGAAUGUUUGUGUGUUGUGAAAAUUGAAAUUCUGUUCUCUUUAGAUAACAUUUGCUCCAAUAAAAAUGGGAUGGAAAUUGAGCCGUGA